AUGAAAAUAACUAGUCCUUUUCUCAACCAAUACUGCUUCCUAUUUAGGAUUGAACCUGCGCUCGAUAUACUUUAUAGUCUAGGAGAUGAACUUAAUCGGUUACGUUUCGGAGCCCUCACACCAGGCUAUUUUUUGAAUGAAAAAUUGAUAAAGAUAGUAGAGGAUUUCAUACCAAAUGACAUCUCGCCAGCGCAAGGAAGAUUAUAUAUCUCGCUCACUUUGAGGAAGGAAAGGACGAACAAACUUAUUUGCAAUUAUUCAAGUAGAAAUCACUUGAUACAAUGUUUGAUGGCGAGUUGUUAUAUACCGAUGUAUUCGAUGGGUUACGGCGCUGAAGCGCCAGUGAUUGAUGGUCAAGCUUGCAUUGACGGUGGAUAUACCAACAAUUUACCAGAUUUUGAAGACAUCCGAACAAUAACAAUUUCGCCUUUCUCUGGUAACGCUGAAAUUUCACCUGAAGAUGAUGUGAAUUUCUUCGAUUGGAAGAUGACGGUGUGCAAUCAGGUCAUGAACGUCAAUCUCCAAAACAUUGUCCGAGGAGCACAAGCACUAUUUCCUCCUUCUCGCGCGGUUCUAGAGAGUUACUAUCAAGCUGGUUUUAAAGAUGCUUUCAAGUUUCUUAUGAAACAUGACAUUCUUCAGCGGGGCAGUGGUACGGAAGUGUAA